GAGCGGGAGUUGAGCUUCGGGUGCGGCCCCCCCGGAGCGGGGAGCGUUGGGACCCGCAGAGCGAGCCUCGGGAUCCACACCUACGGGCGCACCGGGAGGUUUCAGAACUGGAACAUUUUACAUCCUGUUGGAAGGGAAGUCGUUUUCGGCAUGUUUGGCAGAAAUGUGCUUGGGUCCCGUUGAUGUCUGGUCACCUUGCGAUGCAGGACGACCUUGAGAGUUGCUCGUCUCUGGGUUUUGUCGGAUGAGUUUCCUGAAUUAACCAGACGCGCAGGGGUUUAACAUCUGGGAGCUACGUGAGUCCGCCCCUUCGCCGGCUCACGGUGGCCUCUGUCUGUCCCCCCAGCACCUGCGCCAUGCUGGCCGCCAGGCUCGCGUGUCUCCGGACGCUGCCGCCCAGGGCCUUCCGCCAGGGCCUGCCCACCAAGGCCGCCCCCGGGCUGCGGGGCCCCGGCGGGCAGGGCCCGUGGCCCUCCGCCCCCGGCCGGGAAUAUGCCACCAAAACAAGAAUUGGGAUCCGGCGUGGGAAAACCGGACAAGAACUCAAGGAAGCAGCAUUGGAACCGUCAAUGGAAAAAAUAUUUAAAAUUGAUCAGAUGGGAAGAUGGUUUAUUGCUGGAGGGGCUGCUGUUGGCCUUGGUGCAUUGUGCUACUAUGGCUUGGGAAUGUCUAAUGAGAUUGGAGCAAUUGAAAAGGCUGUAAUUUGGCCUCAGUAUGUGAAGGAUAGAAUUCAUUCUACCUACAUGUACUUAGCAGGAAGCAUUGGUUUAACAGCCUUGUCAGCCCUGGCAGUGAGCAGAACUCCUGUUCUCAUGAACUUCAUGAUGAGAGGCUCUUGGGUGACAAUUGGUGCAACCUUUGCAGCCAUGAUUGGAGCUGGAAUGCUGGUACAAUCAAUACCUUAUGACCGGAGCCCAGGCCCAAAGCAUCUUGCUUGGUUACUGCAUUCUGGUGUGAUGGGCGCAGUGGUGGCUCCUCUGACGAUAUUAGGGGGGCCUCUUCUCAUCAGAGCUGCAUGGUACACGGCAGGCGUCGUAGGUGGCCUCUCCACUGUGGCCAUGUGUGCACCCAGUGAGAAGUUUCUGAACAUGGGAGCACCCCUGGGAGUGGGCCUGGGCCUCGUCUUUGUGUCCUCACUGGGAUCUAUGUUUCUUCCACCUACCACUGUGGCUGGUGCCACUCUGUACUCGGUGGCAAUUUAUGGUGGAUUAGCUCUUUUCAGCAUGUUCCUUCUGUAUGACACGCAGAAAGUCAUCAAGCGUGCAGAAAUAGUGCCAGUGUAUGGAGUUCAAAAAUAUGAUCCCAUCAAUUCGAUGCUGGGAAUCUACAUGGAUACAUUAAAUAUAUUUAUGCGAGUUGCCACUAUUCUAGCAACUGGAAACAGCAGAAAGAAGUGAAGUGACUCCGCUUCUGACAUCGUUAAUGCGUCAGAUUCCUCCUGGCUUGUCUAGUAGGGCAGGUAUUCAUUAAGUAGUUUAUUGAAGCAGCUUUUGUUGAAGUUUAGAAGAUAAGAACUUGUCAUCAUGUUUGAAAUGUCCCAGUAAUGUGAUCCUUCAGGUCUGCUUUUUCUUCUAGAGAAUAAAUUCAGUAGUUCUCUGCCAAAUAAGC